UUUCGCCUGGAAGUACAACAGUAAACGUUUCGCACACCCGCUUCGGUUUCAAAGAAGAUUCGCAACAAAUAUUCGUGAUUUAAGACUUUAGCUGAUUAAAACUUUAUUCGAGAUUUAAAAAGACUGAUCAGCCGCUCAGCUGUCAUGCUCCCGUUAUCUUUACUGAAGACCGCUCAGAACCACCCCAUGCUGGUGGAGUUAAAGAAUGGUGAGACAUACAAUGGCCAUCUGGUCAGCUGUGACAACUGGAUGAACAUCAAUUUGAGAGAAGUUAUUUGCACCUCACGGGAUGGAGAUAAAUUUUGGAGGAUGCCGGAGUGCUACAUCAGAGGAAGCACAAUUAAAUACUUACGAAUCCCUGAUGAGAUCAUAGAUAUGGUGAAAGAGGAAGUGAUGUCAAAGGGGCGUGGCCGGGGAGGCAUGCAGCAGAACAAGCCACAGGGAAAGGGCAGAGCAGGCGGACCUGGAAGAGGAGGUGGAGCCGGCAGAGGUAUUUUUGGUGGUCGUGGCAGAGGCAUGCCGGGAACUGGCCGUGGACAGCAAGACAAAAAACCCGGAAAACCACAAGGUGUCCAAAACCAACACUAGAUACAAAACAGAUCCUUCUGUCAUGUGUUAAAGUUUUACUCCCUUUGGACACAAAAUCACCUUUUCAGAUCUCUUGACAUUCACACAUUAACAUCUUAAGGUUGAGUGGUUUCUUUUAGAGACUCGUAUACAAGCCUCAGUUUGUGCAUCAAAAUGUGUUCAGUUGCACUGAGUUUGUUGUAAAAGCCCUUAAUAGAAAAACAGUACCUUUUGUCAUGUGAAGUUUUAAAGACUAUCUCAAACUUUUUCUGUCAUCUACUUUCUCCGUUUGAUCAUCAGCCAAAAAGGAGUGAGUUUAAGUUGAAAUGGGUGUCCUGGAUCUCUCUGAAGAUUUUAAUUUGGACAAGUUGAUAUAAAGGUGCUCUCUAAUUUCGCCAAGUUGUUUUUAUUUUCUGUUCUCUCACAUUUUGGUGCAUGUUUUCACAUUUGCUGUUUUAAUUUGUUGCUUUUUUGUGCUUUAAAAUAAACCAUGGUGUAACUUAUGUACAAUGCACUUGUGAAUAAACUUUUUUUGUUAAAUACUGCAA